AUGUCCACUCCAGGCUCGACCUCGCCGCAGUCGCCCCUGCAGCGCGCCCGCGCCGCCGGCGCCGUGCACGCCGCCCGUGCCACGGACGCCCUCACCGCCGCUCGCACCAAGUUCGACCAGGCCGCCGCGCACCCGCACGCCCAGCGCGCCUACGCCAUUGCCGACGAGCAGGUGCGCGCACUCCGCCGCGCCCUCGGUGGCUCGGAGAGCGUUGUGGCCGCUGAGAAGGCCACGGGCAUCGACCGCGUCCGUCUUGUCGCGGGCGCCCUCGCUGCUUUCAUCCUCCUCGUGCCCCUCAACACGUUCGGCAUGGCGCAGGCCACGACGUCGGCGCUCACCCUCAUCCUGCCGGCGUACAAGGCGCUGCUGAUCCUGGAGCGUGGCGGGCCGACCGAAAACCUCCUGGCUUACUUUGUCGUGCUGGGCUACUUCCAGGUCCUUGAGAGCCUGCUCCUUCCCAUUCUCGUUUCCCAGAUCCCCCGCUACUACACCGUCAAGCUCGCGUUCAUGAUUUACCUUGCUCACCCGCGCACUAACGGCGCCAUCAAGGUCUACAACAUCCUCUUCAGCCGCAAGAUCAAGACGCCGCCCAUGUCGCCGUCGCCGCUCUCGCCCAUGUCGCCGACGUGGCCCGGCUCGCCCAACGGUCUGGACGACCGUGGCCCGCUCAGCCCGGUCUCGCCCACGCGGGCUGCCGGCGUGCCGCUUCCCCAGAGCCCGUCGCCCCAGGACGACGUCUUCUCCGCGAGUGGCUUCACGCGCAUCCCGCGCGCCGUCAAGGAGUAG